GCGUACUCUGUCAGGGUUGUUUUUUGUUGUCGCGACCAUAUUUGUUAUGGCAGCAGAAUUUGUUGCUGCGUGAAAAUUGUCGAUAAUUCCACCAAAAUGGAACUUUCCCGUGACGAAAGCGUGCGUCAGCUGUAGAGUGCGGUCGGUGCCAUUGUUUGGCGCUAGUGUUUUCCGCGGAGUGGUGUUCGUUGCCAACUUAGAAGCUUUUUUCACUCCAUGUUGAUUCUGGUCGCCAUUUCUGUUGGGAAGACACACAAAGAUAGGGUACAGCUGCGACAGUAACUACAACAACAACAUCAAGACGAGCGGGGUUUGGCUUCGGGGCUGAGUUCCAUUUAAAGGGUAUUGGUUCCAGUGGGAAACGUAACUAAUUGGAUGCGUUUGUAGCGAAGAGUGGAAAUCGUCGGCUUGGGUGGUGUAUGAUAUCUUUCAUUCAGUACACGCUGAAUAUCAUGAGCAAUCUAAGCAAUAGUCACAACAGUAACACAGGAAGCAGCCAAAAUUCUGCUGCCGAGGGCACAAUGGAGAGAGGAAGUUGUAUCCUGGUUCGGUAUGCCAGUCAGAACUCGCUUGAUGAGAGUUCCCAGAAGCAGCUACCGCGGUCGAAUGGAAAAGACAAGACAGUUGGAGGAGCCUACCGUAACAAUGUGCACACACAGCGAUCAUUUGAGGCGAUGAAUAAUAUGCGAGAACAAAAUCUGCUGUGUGAUGUCAUACUGGUGGCCGAUGGCAUGGAGAUACCCGCACACAAAAUGGUGCUAGCCUCGUGCAGUCCGUACUUUUACGCCAUGUUCACAGGCUUCGAGGAAAGCCGACAAGAUCGAAUCACCUUACAGGGUGUGGAUCAUCGGGCGCUGCAGCUACUGAUCGAGUACGUUUACACUUCGGUAGUCGAGGUCACCGAGGAUAACGUGCAGGUUCUGCUGACGGCGGCCAACCUGCUGCAGUUGACCGAUGUCCGAGAUGCAUGCUGUGAUUACUUGCAAACCCAAUUGGAUCCCAGUAAUUGCUUGGGGAUUCGGGACUUUGCGGACAUCCAUGGGUGCAUCGAUCUAUUGAACUACGCCGAGACGUACAUUGAGCAGCACUUUUCGGAAGUUGUUCAGUUUGACGAAUUUUUGAAUCUCACCAGCGAACAAGUCGUAAAUUUGAUUAAAAGUGAUCGCCUCUCUGUUCCAUCAGAAGAAAAGGUUUAUGAAUGUGUAAUCUCCUGGCUCCAGUACGAUAUCUGCACCCGGCAGUCAUUUCUGGCUGAUUUGAUGGAACACGUCCGACUACCGCUGCUCUCGCAAGAAUACCUGGUGCAACGAGUCGAAAAGGAACAGCUGCUCAAGGGAGAUCUCCAGUGCAAGGACUUCAUCAUCGAGGCGCUCAAGUACCACCUGUUGAAGGGGGAGCUGAAAACGACCUUCAAAACCCCUCGAACCAUUCCACGGCAGCCCGUUGGGCUUCCCAAGGUGCUUCUCGUCAUCGGAGGACAGGCACCGAAAGCAAUCCGAUCCGUAGAAUGUUACGAUUUACGCGAAGAACGUUGGUAUCAGGUAGCGGAAAUGCCUACGCGGCGAUGCCGCGCUGGUUUAGCCGUUUUAGGCGAUAGGGUUUACGCUAUCGGGGGAUUCAAUGGGUCAUUGCGGGUACGCACUGUUGAUGUUUAUGACCCUGUUCAGGAUCAGUGGAGUACUUGUAAUAGCAUGGAGGCACGACGGUCAACUCUGGGAGUGGCCGUUUUGAAUGGUUGCAUUUUCGCGGUUGGUGGUUUUGACGGUUCAUCAGGCUUGAGCUCGGCAGAGAUGUUCGACCCUAGAACACAUGAAUGGAGACUGAUUGCAUCGAUGUCCACUAGGCGAAGUUCAGUUGGAGUUGGUGUGGUCAAUGGGUUGUUAUAUGCGGUAGGAGGAUACGACGGUGCUUCAAGACAAUGCUUGGCUUCGGUGGAAAGAUACAAUCCGGCUUUGGACACAUGGACUCAAGUAUCGGAGAUGACAGAUCGUCGAAGUGGUGCUGGGGUAGGGGUUCUUGACAACAUUCUUUAUGCAGUUGGCGGUCAUGAUGGACCACUGGUGAGGAAGUCAGUUGAGGCUUACAAUGCGGAAACUAAUACCUGGCAUAAGGUUGCCGAUAUGGCAUUUUGCCGACGGAACGCUGGAGUGGUUGCCCAUAUGGGUAUGCUGUUUGUGGUGGGUGGAGAUGAUGGAACGUCAAAUUUGGCUUCAGUGGAAGUUUACACUCCAGAAACGAACACAUGGCGGUUACUGCCAGCUUCGAUGAGCAUUGGGCGUAGCUAUGCCGGAGUAGCAAUGAUAGAUAAGCCCAUGUGAAGCGAACAGCAGGGCGCUUCCGCCGCCACAGCAGCAAGCAGCUCAAGGUAUGCGAAUUGUUCGAUCAUUGGUAGUGCAAACAAUAAUUAUAACAAUAGUCAGAAUAACAACCAAAACAACGAUGACGAGAAUAGUCAAGCGGAAGGGCUGAACUCAGAAGCUGGUGCUGUAGGUUAUAAUCAAGCUUCCAAUAAUAACAAUAACAACAAUGUCAACAACAAUAACAAUGUACACUACGAAAACAUUUACGAGUCAAUUGAACAAUACGCUGCUGCCGCGAAUGCUGGUGUGGCUGCGGUUGCCCCUGCCGUUGCUCAAAAUCCUUCAGGAAUCAUUCCACAAGGAAAUCCUCUUCUUGGUAUGCCAUCAAAUCAACCACCCCAACCAGGACCGGGACCAUCAUCACUCAGUAUGGGACCUCGUAGCAAUAACGUCCAACCGGGAGUCGUCCCUGGCCCACCACCACCUCCAAGCAUGCUACAGAUGCAGCAACAAUAUCUAUCAUUAGCCUAUCGCAAUGAACUGUAUGACCGAACUGCCGGAUACGAUGUACCACGUGGCGGAGGAGUUCCACGCAACAACUACUAUCAAAAUCAACAAUCGAUGGCGACUGGACCGCGUUACCAAAACCUUCAUCUGGAUCUGAACCGACCAAGAUAUUCGCACAACAGUAUGAGGGCACCUCGUCAAAGAAGUUUUGACGACACCGAAUCCUAUCAGUACCAUCGCUAUCAAAAUCAGAACUUUGCCAAAUUUGAUAACGUUUACGAGAGAGUUCGUGAGGAACCUGCUUACCAAAAUACAGGGUCAUUUGGUAACGGAGCGGCUGGACCAUCCAACCGCGGUAUAUUUGGUAGAUUAGAUGUUAUUGGUCACGGUGUAGGGCGCAUCGAACGCCAUCUGAGCUCUUCUUGUGGCAAUAUUGAUCACUACAGUCUCGGAGGGCACUACGCCGUUCUAGGACAUAGCCAUCUUGGUACAGUCGGACACAUUAGACUGAAUCCUAGUAAUAACAAUCAAACAAGUACUGCCGGGAAAGAUUCUUCAUCAGUAAAUGUAAAGAGUUUCUUUAGCUGUUUAGGGGGAGAGAAUUCGCAGUCCAUGAAUAAUAUAAGUAAGAAUGGAAGUUCUGGUCAAGCAGGAGCAUCCGGAGGUGUACCAAAUGGUGAAGCAAUUGGUGCUGCUGGACCACCUCUAGCUUCAUCUGCUACUCCACUGGCACCGAUAGCCAAGGUAACAGGAACUAUCCCAAAAAUAAAGAGCAAAUCCAAAAAGGAAACUCAUAACAGCUCUGGUGAUCAGAAAGAAGCAGAAAACCAAGUAAAUCGUGUAACCAAACCAUCUCUGCAAUGGCUGUUGGUGAAUAAAUGGCUUCCCAUGUGGGUAGGACAAGCUCCGCCGGAUUACAAGUUUAUUGAUUUUAAUUUUAUGUUCUCCCGAAACUGUGAUGGAUGUGGAAGUACUACUAAUCACCAAGAGCUAAUGCAACUGGAUGGUCAAGCUGAAAUGCGUUCCCAUGAAUACGGCGACUACAUUCCACCAGCCAGAGAGUACCCUACCAUGAACGGAAGCUAUCCAAGAGUUCUUAGAAAUACACCGCAAUUGUCGCGUUUACGGGAGCAUGAAUAUGAAAAUGUCCCCGUUGACUCACCUCAUGGACGGUUGGACUUUGCUGGGUCUCGAUCCGCUUUUAGCUAUGUGAACCGUGCCAGAUCGGAGAGCCCUGCCCGUUCGGGUACAAAUCGCCGAGAAGAGCGUAACGGUGGGGAUCCCUUCCGUAACUGGGCAUUCAAUUUUGAGGACAACAGUUUCCGACCUGCCAGUUCAGUUCCACGUCCUCGUGAAAUUCGUCGUAUAACUGAUGGAACUUUCCGAGCCACCGACUAUCAGCAAGAUAAUGAAAGACUUGGGUUGAGUCGUGAAGCACCCAAAACCCCUCCAACUAUUGUUGUCAACGCAUCAGCAUCUCCUUCUACUUCACGUUCAAAUUCUGCUUCACCACCGAAAAGUAAGGAAUCGUCCGUAUCUCCAGUACAACCGGAGCGAGGUGGCACUCCAGCGUCUUCUUCAUCUGAUUCGGAGAUAUUUGUCAUGGAUUCCGUUGCGUCCGAUGCUGGCGGGCCAGCUGAGGAUAGUAGCGCUUGUGGUGGUGCCGGUGCUAGCAGCAGCAUGCAGUGCAUGGAAAAUAUCGGGGACAUGGGAGACACAAACGCCACAAAAGAUAAGGAAGGCGCUUCAUCACAAGAGACGUCGGAAUCAUCCAACUUUGAAGAUAAUGCUGCGGAAUCCUCCGGAUCCGAUGAUGAUGUCGUCGAUGAAAAGAAUGUGGAUAUUACUUAAAUUGAUACAUACGCUCUUGAGACUUCUUUACACUAUUGCAUGGACAUGUUCGCUUUUCUACAAUGCUGCUAUUUAAUUAACAUGAUUCAGUUGUGGCCCAUGGUAUGCAACUCAAUUCUGUUAUGUAUUUUAGUCAAGUGACAACAAUACAGUUAAGAAUAUCCCAAAAAAAACUCUAAGCAGCACAUUUCAUCAUUUCCAAAAAAAGUUCUAAUUCUAUACUAUGUAUUCUUUAAAUCUGUGGCAAUUUUUAGGUCUAUGAUCCUUUCGAUUCCCUUUGCUCAAUAUUUAUUGAUAUAUUCUAUUUAUUACUAAUAUAUUCUGUUUUACACUUUUUAUUCGACAAAGAACAAAAUCUAGAUCGAGAUUAGAGCAUUUAUCGACGUAAAAGCACUCUUUCCAACUAUUGGUAAAUUAUAUAAUAAAAUGCGCAUUUAGCGAUUAGGUUAUCAAUUGUCAAAACAUAGAAUUAAGGCGUUUACUGCAACAAAGACAAAUGUUGAAUUUAGAAAAUAGUUUCGGACCGAAUCGAACAAUCUCGUCGUAAUUUCUCCAGCGCCAGUUUGAGCAACAAUAAACACAAACGAUAAUAAAACUCACAUGAUUACCAUUUAGCAGAGGCCUAUCAUAUGCACUUACUGACACACCGUUUCAAAACAUUUUUCUUUCAAAGGCAUUUUUUCGUUGAACAUAUAUAUCUAGAUUUUCCUUAUACAUUCACAAGUAAAUGGAUAUGGAAUAUGCAUGGUUAUUAGGAAAGUUAGUCAAUUGUCAUAUGGAAAACGAACGAAGCAUUGAAACGCAAGCAUACUUACGAAGACACACACAUAAAUAAACAUACAUUGCACACGAAUAACGAAAACAAUGAAGCAUAAGUUAUCAGUACAAAUCUCAGUAAAUGGAGUAAUGGUGAGACCUACAGAUCGGAAAUCUACAAUUAUUUUACCAAAUUUGUCAAAUCUUUCAACCGGAAUGCAUAGAAUGAUUGAAAAAUAUUGUACUUUUUAAUUCUCAGAUAUAGUUGUAAGAACAACCGUUGGAGUAACGUACUGUUUUUGUUGAAUUUUCGAACUUGGUAUGCAUUCUAGACACUUGCGUUUUCAAUAAUUGGAUCUUAUUCGCAAGAAACAAAGUAUAAGCAACAUAUGAAGGAAUGAAAAAGGUCAAGAGAACGAACCGGGUUUGAAAUCUUAACAAAAACAGUACCCACGUAUAACACAAGUCUUUAUAACAGUUUAUAACGGGAAUAGUGAUACUUUAAAUAUAUACCCUUUUAAGCAGUCUGUCAGUUAGUGACCGAUUGAAAGUAGCAUGAACUAUACGAACCAUAACUAUAUCGAGUCAUAAAAUGUUUGGAAACUCAUAGCUACGACAAUUGACCUGUAGUUCCGGUAAUUGUGAAUCAUAUUCAUAAAGUCAUAUAAACAAUAUACAUCCCAAACUGGAUUAUGGAUUGAAUUACAUGCGUUCAAUAAAUGGAUUUAAAAUUUAAA